AGAUAAAAUGGGCAAGACAUCUUUAUGGUUUUGUGGUUGAAUCUUGAAAGUGACUAUCCAACUUGAAAAAAAGUGGACAGACCCCAUUAUAGUCCAAUCAUUAACAUGCAAUUGAAUCACUCAUUAUUUUUUCCACUCAAACUCUCAUAAAACCACACUCACUACAUAGCACAAAUACAUAAACUGCAUAAAAUCGCGAUCAAAUGCACAGUCGCAUUGCAGUCUCCGAUACAUAAGAACCUUGUGGUUGCUUGCGUGGGAAGGUUUAACUAUAUUCUAGUGCCAUGAAAAGAACAAGUGAAUGGAAUUAUUCUCAGGAGAUUCCAAGUGAUGUCACUAUUCAAAUUGGUGAAGCUUCUUAUUCAUUACACAAGUUUCCAUUAAUUUCGAAAAGUGGAUACAUAAGGAAGCUCAUUUCAGAAUCUAGUGAUGCUACUUCUGAUGUUCCAUUAAUCGAACUCGUUGAUAUCCCUGGUGGAUCAGAAGCAUUUGAAUUAGCAGCGAAGUUCUGCUAUGGUAUAAACUUUGAAAUAAGCGUUGAAAACAUCGCUAUGCUACGCUGCGUGGCCGAGUAUCUCGAGAUGACAGAAGACUAUUCGGUCGGAAACAUGGCAGGAAGAACCGAUUCUUAUUUGAAUGACGUCGCACUUAAGAGCAUGUCAGGAGCAAUAUCUAUCUUACAUAUAUCAGAAACUCUUCUUCCAAUUGCAGAGAAAGCGAAAUUGGUUAGUAGAUGCAUAGAUGCAAUAGCAUAUAUAGCUUCGAAAGAAAGCCAAUUUUGUUCUUCUGGUAGAAGUGAUGGUAGUAGCAAUGAAAGAGUGAUGAAUUCUUCCACUGCUUCUCAUCUGAAGCCAGUUGUUGAUUGGUGGGCUGAAGAUCUUACAGUUCUUAGAAUCGAUUUUUUUCAAAGAGUUCUAAUUGCUAUGAUGGCUAGAGGGUUUAAACAAUGUGGUAUUGGUCCUAUUAUAAUGCUUUAUUCACAAAAAUCUCUCAGAGGUUUGGAGAUAUUUGGAAAGGGAAGGAAGCAGAUCGAACCGCAUGAAGAGCAUGAAAAGAGAAUCAUUUUAGAGACACUAGUGAGCCUAAUGCCGAGGGAGAAGAACGCGAUAUCUGUCAGUUUUCUUUCUAUAUGGCUUAAGGCAGCAAUAUAUCUUGAGACAACUGUUGCUUGCAGGUUUGAUUUGGAGAGAAGAAUAGCCAUGCAGUUAGGACAAGCUGUUUUGGAUGAUCUUCUUAUUCCUUCUUAUAGCGGCGAAACCUCGUUUGAUAUAGAUACAGUGCAAAGAAUCAUGAUGAGUUACCUUGAAUCUGAUCUUGAUAAUCAUUCAGGAUAUAAUGAACAAGAUGAAUAUUAUUCUUCUCCACAAAGGGAUGUUAUUAAGGUUGGCAAGCUAUUCGAGAGUUAUCUUGCUGAAAUCGCUACUGAUAGAAAUUUAUCGGUUUCAAAGUUCAUAUGUCUUGCCGAGUUAAUGCCUGAAAAAUCAAGAACAGUAGAAGAUGGAAUGUAUAGAGCCAUAGACAUCUAUCUUAAGGCUCAUCCAUUUCUAAGCGACGCGGACAGAAAGAAAGUUUGCAGCAUGAUGGACUGUCAGAAGCUAUCGCGAGAGGCACGUGCACACGCUGCACAAAACAACAGGCUUCCUGCUCAAAAUGUGGCUCAAGUUCUCUACUAUGAACAGCAGCGUCUCCGCGACAAUAUGGAUGGCACUGGCAGCGUAGGUUCGGAUUCUCCUUCGACGCCUGACAAGAGGAAUGUAUACUCAUCUGAGCUUUAUCCUGCUUCGAAUGAGGUUUCCAAAUUAAGAAGAGAAAAUGAAGAUCUGAAAUUAGAGAUAACGAAACUUAAAAUGAAAAUAAAAGAGAUUGAAAAAUGUACAGUUGAAUAUGGUGUUAGUGCUGGUACUCCUUUAUUAAAUGCUUCUUCACCUUCAGCUGAUAAGCCUCCUUUGCAUAGAAAAUCAUUCCUAAACUCAGUGUCCAGAAAACUCGGCCGUCUUUCUCCUUUUUCACGCGCUGAUCCUGUCCAAACACCGCCCAAAGAUCGCAUAAAGCAAGACAAGGUUCGACGCUACUCCAUAUCUUAAUAUUGUGUGUGAUAUAAUAGUCUACAUUUUGUAUUCAAAACAUGACGUUGGCUGUAAUGUGAUUUAUGCAUUGUCUUUAUUUUGAAGGCCAUGUAAAAAAGACUAGUCUUCCUGAUUUUAUUUCGAAUUAAAGACGUAUAUGUUGUUUGACAUGUGUCAGUGUCAUCGAAGAUUUUCAUUGAAUUUUCUCAAAUAUAAAAGUGUCAUAGACACAUAGCUUUUCUCUCAAAAUUGAAAUAUUUAAAAUUCUAUAUGAAAUCAAAGAUUAUUGGUGUAAUGUAAAGAAAACAUAGUUAAUGGGGUAUGUUUUAAAUUAUUGAGUGCUUUAGGAUAAAAAGCUUGUAGAAAAUGUGAUUAUACUUCAAGUGACAGACUAGCAUUGUCCGUAUUAAUAAUGUCCAAGUCUAAUAACAGAAAAAAGAGAGAAAGAAAGUGAUCAUGGGUUGGUUUAAAUUCAUGCAUAUACUAAGGAUAUGAAAUGUAGUAAUUUAAUACUACAUAUAUUGGGACACACCUAGCUUAAAUAUUUGGUAGAGAAUCUUAUGUUCAUGUGAUAGCAGACAAGCAUUAGUUGUUUAACUUCUUGUUGGCUAGUAACUAUGUGAUUUGUGAGUGAUGUGUGGAAAAUAAAUGGUUUACCUA